UUUUUUCUUUUUCUUUUAAAUAGGGUUACACAUCAUUCUGGAAUGACUGUAUAUCAUCUGGAUUACGUGGCUGUAUGUUAAUUGAACUAGCAUUGAGAGGAAGGUUACAACUAGAGGCUUGUGGAAUGAGACGGAAAAGUCUGUUAACGAGAAAGGUGAUCUGUAAGUCGGAUGCUCCAACAGGGGAUGUUCUUCUUGAUGAAGCACUAAAGCAUGUUAAAGAGACUCAGCCUCCAGAAACAGUCCAGAACUGGAUUGAAUUGCUUAGUGGUGAGACAUGGAAUCCAUUGAAAUUGCAUUAUCAGUUAAGAAAUGUGCGGGAACGAUUGGCUAAAAACCUGGUGGAAAAGGGUGUAUUGACAACAGAGAAACAAAACUUUCUACUUUUUGACAUGACGACACAUCCGCUCACCAACAACAACAUCAAGCAGCGCCUCAUCAAGAAAGUCCAAGAAGCCGUUCUUGACAAAUGGGUGAACGACCCUCACCGCAUGGACAAGCGCCUGCUGGCCCUCAUUUACCUAGCACAUGCCUCGGAUGUCCUGGAGAACGCUUUUGCUCCUCUUCUGGACGAGCAGUAUGAUUUAGCCACCAAGAGAGUGCGACAGCUGCUUGACCUUGACCCAGAGGUGGAAUGUCUGAAGGCCAGCACCAACGAGGUUCUGUGGGCGGUGGUGGCCGCAUUCACCAAGUAACUUCUCGGAACAAUAGUUUCCUUUCUUUCACGUAAACCAGUAGUUUUUCCUCUACUGACUCCUGGUUUUCUGCAGUUCGUACUUUCCCACACUAUAGUUGGCUUUUGUUUUAUGAAAUGGUGGGUGGCUUUUUCUGUUUUUGUAUGUAUGCAGGAUUCUGCUGGUACGAGAGGCCUUCCUCUUUUCUGUUUUUAAAAAGUUUUCCUGCCAUAUUGGCAUUCCAGUCCCUGUUGCCAUCCUCAUUGUUACCUGUUUUGGGUUUCUAGUAUACUUCGACUUUCAAAGUCCCUCCAGUGACUUUCAAAGUCCCUCCAGUGUCCUCACAUAUACAGCUUUUGGAUUACCUCAGCUUGAGUUUUCCCCACAUGUGUGUACAUCUAGCAUUCUGCCUGCAAUUCAGACAGAAGUCACAAAAAGGCCUUCAACUCACCAAAGGUAAAUAUCUGUAUCUAUUAGGACAUUUUAUACAUAGACCUCAGUUGAGAUGUAUACUUAGCAAAAUUAUUUUUAAAUUGAAACAGAACAGUAAAUACUUAAUAUAAAAUGCCCCUUGGAUUUUUGCUUCCCAUGUAAAUCUAUUGUAUUAUUACACUUGUUAUAAUUUUAACUAUUAAAUCAUAAAGGUCCAGUUGUUUCAUCAAGUCAGUUUGGGAUGGGCUGCAUUCCAGUUAUGCUGUAUAUAGUUAGAAUUAUAUAUAAAUUGCCUCUUCUUCUGGCCACCCCUGCCCCAUCUUAGUAUUUUGCAAGAUUUAAUUAGUUGUACACCUGGUGCCCCUAACUUGCUUCGUUGUUAUUUGAUGGCAGAACAGACCUCUCAUUGAAGGAGAGAGAUGUGUGUGAAUGGAGUCUGAUUGGUCCUGACAUACUUUGAGCUGUGCCAUUCAUGGUACUCUUUGCCUAUGCAUCUCCUAUUUGUUUUCAAGUCUUAGCUAUUUUUACAAUUUCUAUAGGGAAGAGGCUUGUGACCAGUACUAAUCUUGAGUACAGUUUUUCUUUUUCUGUCCACAAAUAAAUUAAUGUCUGCUUUGAAAUGUCAUUUAUCUACUCACACUUUCUUGGAUUAAAAAAAAUCAAUCGUCAGUCCUAGCAGAUGUUGCAUGUAAAUUGAUAGCAAGUAAUGAAUACAACUCAAAAUGAUUAAGAGAAUUUUGUAACAGAAAGCUCUGUUGUGUUUUAAUUUUUUAUAUACAAUUAUGAUAAUUAGCACAUUGUAAAACUAUAUAAAUCUUUUCUUUUUAAAGUUUAUUUUUACUAUUUCUUUAUCACUGUUUAGCAUACCACCAUUGGUUUCAUAAUGUAAAUACUAUACAUGGAACAAAUUAAAUGUCAAAAUUUUUUAUUAUCAUAGUUCAUAUUAAUAGUGGGGCUUUCAGGUGUUUAGAGAUUUGUUUUGGUUAACCUUCAGUGCAAAACUACUAGAUGGUGUAUAACUCUAGAGGUGAAUUUUAAGGGAUUCCCUAAUAUGUAUACUAUCUUUUUAUCUGAAGUAAUAAAUAAACUUAAUGAUCUUGAAAGUGCCUGAAUUAGA